GCCCACAGCUUCAAGCAGAGCAGGGACUCAGGGUUACGCAUCGGUUCAUUUUAAACCUGUUACUGCCGCAUUUUUAUUUGCUUUGAGGUGUGAGCUAUUCUGUGGGGCAGGUCGUUUAAAAGGGUCCGGACCUCUAAUUGCUAGGGUGGUGCCCACACUAAAUAUGGCGCCGGUUAAAAUGUAUCCCACUGGGCACUGCAUUUCAAGCUGAGGUGUCCUAGAGAGACUCCUCCCUCCUUCUCCUAGAAUAUCCAGCAGUAGCAGCCGGUUUUGCUGUCGUGUCUUACCCGCAGCUAUGGCAGGAGCGGUGCGUGUGCUGGUGGCCGUGCUGCUGGCCUUGGCGGGUUGUACUGCUGAGACCUGCACUGAUCCCGUCAUUGUGCCAUCCUACUAUACUACCUCAGAUGCUGUCAUAUCCUCUGAAGUGGUUUUCAUUGUAGAGAUCUCUCUGACUUGCACAAAUGGGGCACAGAACGUUGCUCUUUAUGCAGAUGUGAAUGGAAAACAAUUUCCUGUCACCAGGGGCCAGGACAUUGGUAGAUAUCAGGUUUCCUGGAGCUUGGAACACAAGAAUGCUCGCUCUGGGACCUAUGAAGUCAAGUUCUUUGACGAAGAGUCGUACAGUCUACUGAGAAAGGCCCAGAGGAACAAUGAAGAUAUUUCUGCCAUCAAGCCUCUUUUCACUGUUGAUGUUGAUCACAGGGGUGCAUGGAACGGUCCUUGGGUAUCCACAGAGGUAUUCGCUGCAUUGAUUGGCAUUUUAUUAUACUACACAGCAUACACAGCAAAGGGCAACAUCCAAGCAUAAAGAGAUCGUGUUGGGGAGAGUGGCAUGUCCGGGUGUAUAGAAUUGUCAUGUUUUGUCAUUUAUGCCGAAUAAUAAAACUUUUCUACACAA